UCCACAUGUAACUUGUGUACUUCUAUCCACACACUGUGCGUUGUGUUAGAGCUCAGGAGCUCCGACAUGCUGACUGCUCUGCGCUGUGUCCUGUCCAAGCUGGUGUCUCCCCUGUGGAGGACCGAAGAGGUGGAUGGAGAAGACAACUUCCCCUGUGCAUCAGGCACAGAGGACAUCCGCCACCUGCGGGGCGGUGUGGUGACCCAGCUCUUCCUCGACCAUGGCAUGAUAGACAGUGCUGUGUACUUCACCAGCGGCCAGGUGUUGGGCGGGAUGCCGCUGAAAGAAGGGGACCUGGUGAACUGUAUAGCAGUGAGAGAUGGUGCCCAGGGUGGAUGGAAAGCUGUCAGGGUGGAGAAGAGUGCAGAUGCCUGGGAGGACGGAGGUAGAACCUCACUAGAGGCUGACAGUAUGCAUCUCCGGCCUCUCAUCGGCACAGUCACGUCAUUUGAGAGCGAUGGCGGCUACAUAAACCAGACCACAUACUUCCCACGCAACAGUCUUUGGGAAGGUUAUGAGCCAAUGAAAGGCGACUGGGUCCAAGCUAAAUAUUUUAUCAAUCCAACCCAGUGGACCACCCAGGCUCAUUCUGUGGUCCCCUUACGCUAUUGCCGCCUAGACCAGGUGCAUGUGACCAGCGUGUUUGGUAACAAUGGAGUGGUGGAGGACAAAGUGUUCUUCAGCCUGGACUCUCUGCUACUGCCCGCCCAAUACCGGCCUGUGCCAGGGCACCUGGUGAACCUGGUAAUGGUGGAGAGCAAUCAGUCCAUCUACAGUUGGAGAGCCCUGUGCAUGGCGCCCUGCCUUCAGAGUGUGAUUCUUCCUGCUGCAAUUCUCCCAGAGACUGAACUCCAGAGCCUCCUCGAAAACAAAGGAGGCCUGAACGUAACAGAGUAUGGGCAGUUUGGAGAUCAGGGGAUUGGGGAUAGACGAGAGCUGGUGCUCUGGAUACAAAAUAAAGGUUCAGAGACCCACAGGUUGAAAUGCUGUGACUUUGCCGGCUGGGACUCUGAAAAGCAGUUCAGCCUUGUUACUGUGAGAGGCUCCGCACCACAGAGACAGAAACAGCCUUUGCGUGUAAACAGUUCAGUGUCUGGUUCUACUCCUGCGUCUACUGAAAAACAAGCCUGUGAUGCAAAAGAGGUAGAGAAAGAAAAUGGUGAUGUGGAUAAGGAGAAUAUCCAUAUCCAGGAAAGAGAGCUGGAUAUUCCACCAGGAGGGAGGCUGUCUGUUGUAGUAGCCUGCCAAGCAAAGAGCCUGGGAAGCUGUGCCGAGCUGCUGUUGCUGCACUUCUCUUCUUUCACCAUUGGGAGGCGCCUGGAGGUCACAGUGGGCAGUGAAGAGGAGAACCUGCUGCAGCCCUCGCUGCCCUACGCUCCCAGUGACGCUUGUUCUCUCCCAGCAGUGCCCUCUCAAGUGAUCACUGUCUCUGCUUCAAAAGGCCCAACAAGGCUUACUAAUCGGCGGCUCCCAAACUUCUUAGCGAGCUUUCCAGCGCCUCGUGCUUUGAGAGACUGUGUGGAGGCGCAGAGGGACGUGCUGGUGGUUGAGCCAAGCCUCGGAGAGGUGCUGUCACCAUCCAACAUGUAUUCACGCUUCUCAGCCCUUCUCUGGUUGGAAGAACUGCAUGCAGAGAGGGAAGUGGGAGAAUUCUCAAUCAUUGGAGCCAUUCUCAGGAAGGGAGCUGUCCACCUGCACUUAGAGGUCCUGGGGUUGGCUGAAGGCAGACCCAGUCUUAAUAUAGGGGACAGAAUAGUGUUGAAGAAACCACGGAAUGACGGUGCGGUAAUGGAGUACGUGAGUUUCGUCACAGAGAUCAAUGAUGAGGAUGUUAGUUUGAGAGUAAACUCCGAGUUUCAGCGCAGUUACCUCGGAGAGCCGCUUGAUGUUGAGUUCUCUUACAACAGAACCACCACGAGGCGGUGUCAUAAUGCACUUCUCCAGACGAAGCAGUUUGGAGGCAUUCUCUUCCCCUCCAGGGUCACUCCUCAGACCCCUCAGUGGACAGGAAAGUGGAUGGAGGAGCCAGACCAAAACCAAGCAACAGAGGACGAUGAGGCUCCAAGGCCGACAAACAGAAAUGUGUCGAGGGUUUCCAUCGACAUGAAGUCAAAGGCCACGCAGACUAAAAAUGGAGGCCUAGUGUCGAAACCCAUUCCCAGCAAAGGGCACCUCUUUAACCCAGAGCUGAACCCCCCUCAGAGAAAGGCAGUGAAGAGCAUCCUGGAAGGAGAGUGUCGCCCCAUUCCUUAUGUGCUAUUUGGACCUCCAGGCACCGGAAAGACAAUCACCCUCAUAGAGUCCAUACUACAGGUUUACCACUUUAUCCCCAGCAGUCGGGUGCUCGUGUGUACUCCCUCCAACAGUGCUGCUGACCUCAUCUGCGUUCGUCUGCUUGACAGCGGCUUCCUGCAUGCAGCAAGUCUGGCCCGCGUCAAUGCGUCUUGUAGGCAGGAUGAGUCAAUCCCAGAAGUACUGAGACUGUACUCCAGGGCAGGAGAGGACAUCCGUCAGGCCUCUUUUCACAGGAUCGUGGUCAGCACCUGCUCCAGCGCUGGGAUGUUCCACAGUAUUGGACUACAAGUGGGACAUUUCACUCACUUGUUCUUGGACGAAGCCGGCCAGGCCACUGAGCCAGAGUCCCUGAUCCCCAUGAGCCUUGUGUCAGAGAGAGAUGGACAGAUAGUGUUGGCCGGAGACCCCCGUCAGUUGGGUCCAAUAGUGAAGUCCAAGCUGGCUGCUGCCUUUGGCCUGGGGGUGUCUUUGUUAGAGAGGCUCAUGUCCAACCCACUGUACUCCAGACAGGACUGGGGAUACAACCCUAAGCUGGUGACUAAGCUUAUUUACAACUAUCGAUCUCAUGAGGCCCUGCUCACGCUGCCUUCCAAGCUCUUCUACCAGGGGGAGCUGUGCUGUGAAGCCUCCAGGGCCGUAGUAGAGUCCCUCUGUCAGUGGAAAACCCUGCCCAAAAAAGGCUUUCCUCUCCUCUUUCACGGCGUCAGGGGUACAGAAAUGAGGGAAGGUAAAAACCCAUCGUGGUUCAACCCUGUGGAGGCUGUGCAGGUGAUGCUCUACUGCUGCCAGCUGGCCAAGAAGCUCUACAACCCUGUGGAUGCCUCUGACAUCGGCAUCAUUGCCCCCUACAAGAAACAAUGUGAGAAGAUUCGGGUGCUGCUGGGUAAGGUUGGCCUCUCUGACAUCAAAGUGGGCUCAGUGGAAGAGUUCCAAGGACAAGAGUUCCUGGUCAUCAUCAUGUCUACGGUGCGCUCUAAUGAGUCAGUACCGAGUGAUGAUUUGCAGAAUGCGCUCGGCUUCCUCGCCAACCCCAAACGCUUCAACGUGGCCGUCACUCGUCCCAAAGCACUGCUCUUAAUUGUCGGAAAUCCCCACAUUCUCAUUAGGGAUUUAUGCUUCAGGGCUCUGCUGCAGUACUGUUUCAUUAAUGGAGCAUAUCUGGGCUGCGACCCCCCUCCCUCCCUCAGAGACUCCCAGAUUGUUACAGAGGAGCAAAGGGCUGAAUAGGAGGAUGAUGUAAUCAUGGUGUACCUCAGCUCUGUCAACUGGACUCUGUUUUUUUUUGUUCCCUUCACAUUUCCUUGGCUUGUCUCUGUUGACUGAAAUGUCUUGUUUCUGUGAAAGCCAAACACAGCUCCAGUCGGGGAUAGAAAUGAAUAAAGAUAACGCUUGUGUACACGGCA